CCUCCUGUUUACAUCAGCCCGCCCGUGCUGCGGGGCCGUGGCCAUGCUGAGGAAUCCUCCCAUGGACAAGGCAAGGAAGGAAGUGGAGGGAGGAUGGGGCUUCGGCAUCCUGUACCCUUCGGAGGGGAGUGGCCGCAAAUAGCGGAGCCUGAAGGACGUGACACCUUCUGUGCUUUAGCACGGGCUGCUUGAGCCCAGGAGAACCUUGAAUAAAGGAGAAAAGGUAGACGAUAGCGUGGAACUGCUGCGGAGCUGGAGAACAUCCUUCUAAAAGCCUUUCCUUCAAGUGACAGGAGGAAGGGAGAGGACAGACGUGCCUCGUGGAGCUGAGGUUAUGCUGCAGGGCUAACACACAGCUAAAGCCUGCAAACUGGAGCUGCAUGGGCUGGGUCCAGAAGGCAACUUCUGUUGGAAGCACUGGUUGUGAUUGAGAACAAGGAUGCUGUUUUCAAUAUCCGUCCUCUAAAACGUUACUGGUUUUUAUUCUUCAGUUUGUUAAUUGGGCUCUGAUGGAGGAAUGCAGUUUAGGAUCCACAGGCAUCCUUUGGAAUGGCCAGAUGAGAACUCUCCAGCCAAUUUCUGGGAUUCCAAGAAUCGGGGAGUGACUGGCACGCAAAAAGGACAAAUUGUGUGGCGAAUUGAGCCUGGCCCCUACUUUAUGGAAUCUGAAAUAAAGAUCUGUUUUAAAUACUACCAUGGUGUUAGUGGAGCCCUCAGAGCUACUACUCCAUGUAUCACUGUGAAAAACCCUGCUGUGAUGAUGGGAGUAGAAGGCACGGAUGAAGGUGCUUCUGGAGCUCAGCACUCUAGGAAGUUGGUCAGCUUUACCCUAUCAGAUAUCAGAGCAGCUGGACUUAAAAAAGGCAUGUUCUUCAACCCUGAUCCUUAUCUAAAGAUGUCCAUUCAGCCAGGCAAGAAGAGUACAUUUCCUACGUUUGCUCACCAUGGCCAGGAAAGAAGGUCGACUAUCAUCAGUAACACAACUAAUCCUGUUUGGCACAGAGAGAAAUAUUCUUUUGUUGCACUUCUAACAGAUGUCCUGGAAAUUGAGGUUAAAGACAAAUUUGCCAAGAGUCGUCCGAUCAUCAAGCGCUUCCUUGGGAAGUUAACCAUCCCUGUUCAGAGACUUUUGGAGAGACAUGCAAUUGGCGACCAGGUUCUCAGCUAUAAUCUUGGCAGAAGGCUCCCUGCUGAUCAUGUUAGUGGGUAUCUCCAAUUCAAAGUGGAAAUCACAUCUUCUGUUCAUGAAGACGCUUCACCAGAAACAGUUGGGACUUUGCUAGGAACCAACUCUGUAAAUGGAGACCUGGGGAGCCCCUCUGAUGAUGAGGACAUGCCAGCAGGACAUCACGAUACAUCCACGGUGUGUUCCAAUGGCCCAGUCUUUGAGGAAUCUUCUGGAGACACAAUCCUGAGACAUUCUCUAAGGACUAGUAGGACUCUGGAGACAGACCAGGAUGAGCUGACCUCUGGUGGUUCAAGAUCAUCCCCUCCCAGAGGUCGCCAGGACUCACUAAAUGACUAUCUUGAUGCAAUAGAACACAAUAACCAUCCCAGGCCAGGAACAUCUGCCUGUGGUGACCGUCCACGAGGAGCCUCCCCAAAACUGAGGAGUAGCUUCCCUACAGACACAAGACUUAAUGCUAUGCUUCACAUUGACUCAGAUGAAGAGGAGCACGAGCUGCAUCAAGACCUGGGUUUUCCAUCUUCUUUGGAAGAUGAUGGUGGCUUAGUAAUGCUUAAUGGUGCUACCAGAAACGUUGAAAGAAAUGAAGUAAGUUCCUCAUCAGAUCAGGUAAUGCCGGGGCCUGCAGAGAGUGAAAGGGUUUCAGCCUCUGAUGCUCCUUUGCCAUCAGCUGAUGACCAGCAAGAUUCUCCCCCAGCGCUUCCACCUCCAGAGGAAGGAGGCGAAAGCCUGCAGGGCUCCCAGGCCGAAGCCGCAGCAGAGCAGGCUGGCAGCGAGUCCGCCGCCCCUCCGGAGGCCGAGCAGCCUCCCGGCAGUGCGGACCCGGCAGCUGCUGAAGCCGCAGGUGGGAGCAGAAGGGGCGUCAGCGAGACGGAGUCCAUCGACCAAGGCUCGGAGCCUUCGCAGCUGUCGUCGGAGACGGAGCAGAGCGACCCCGCUCGCACCGAGAGCGUCAGCGAGGCCAGCACCCGGCCCGAGGGCGAGAGCGACGCCGAGGGCGCCGACAGCUCCUGCAACGAGAGCGCGACGGUGCGGCGCUCCUCCGUGGAGAUGCGCUGCUCCUCCUGCGAGAGCGCCCGCUUCCCCGAGACUCCGGCCUUCUCUCCCCAGGAGGAGGAGGAGGAGGGAGCCUGUGCCCCCGAGGCAGCUGCGGCUGCGGCGGAGCCGGGGAACGAAGCGCAGGAGCCUGCGGGCGCUGCCGGUUCUCUGCCUGCGGUGCAGUUACCUCAGGAGGAGGCGCAGGAGGCCGAGGCAGGUGAACUGCAAGACCGAGAGGAAGCAGAAGAAAUCUGGCAGAGAAGAAGAAGCCUGCAGGCAGCAGCUGCCCAGAGCCAGUCUCAGGAUGAGGAAGUUGAGGGAGCGCAGGCAGCUUGUGAGGGUGCCACAGCACAGCUUGAAGGAGCUACUGGAGGUUCUCCAGCCAAUGGCCACCAGCCCCUGAGGUCCCUGCCUUCGGUGCGUCAGGACGUCAGCCGGUACCAGAGAGUGGACGAGGCUCUGCCACCAAACUGGGAGGCUCGCAUUGACAGCCACGGGCGGAUUUUUUACGUGGACCACGUGAACAGGACAACAACAUGGCAGCGCCCCACGGCUCCCCCAGCCCCCCAGAUCCUGCAGAGAUCCAACUCCAUACAGCAGAUGGAGCAGCUCAAUCGCCGGUACCAGAGCAUCCGAAGAACAAUGACAAAUGACAGGCCUGAAGAGCACACAAAUGCUGUGGAUGGAGCUGCAGAGGAAGCUGAAUUUCACCAUUCUAAUUCAGAUUUUCGAAGAGAGAAUGUGCUGCCUCACUCUACCUCCAGAUCCAGACUUACUUUAUUGCUCCAGUCUCCCCCUGUGAAAUUCCUUAUCAGCCCAGAGUUCUUUACAGUGCUGCAUUCUAACCCUAGUGCCUACCGCAUGUUUACAAACAACACGUGUCUGAAGCACAUGAUCACCAAAGUCCGGCGCGACACCCACCACUUCGAGCGCUACCAGCACAACCGGGAUUUGGUGGGCUUCCUCAACAUGUUUGCCAACAAACAGCUGGAGCUGCCCAGGGGCUGGGAGAUGAAACACGACCAUCAGGGCAAGGCUUUCUUUGUGGACCACAACUCGCGCACCACGACGUUCAUCGACCCGCGGCUGCCCCUGCAGAGCUGCCGGCCCACCAGCGCCCUGGUCCAUCGGCAGCACCUGACUCGGCAGCGCAGCCACAGUGCUGGGGAGGUCGGAGAGGACUCCCGCCAUUCAGGACCCCCUGUUUUGCCAAGACCAUCCAGCACAUUUAACACAGUCAGCAGAGCUCAGUACCAGGAUGUGGUUCCAGUGGCUUACAAUGACAAGAUAGUUGCAUUUCUGCGGCAGCCCAAUAUCUUUGAAAUUCUACAAGAGCGCCAGCCAGAUCUUACCAGGAAUCAUUCACUCAGGGAGAAGAUCCAGUUCAUCCGGACCGAGGGAACACCUGGGCUGGUGCGUUUAUCCAGUGAUGCAGACCUUGUCAUGUUACUCAGCUUGUUUGAGGAGGAAAUCAUGUCAUAUGUGCCGCCACAUGCCUUACUUCACCCCAGCUAUUGCCAGUCCCCGCGAGGCUCGCCGGUGUCUUCACCUCAGAACUCUCCAGGUACUCAGCGUGCCAAUGCCCGAGCUCCAGCUCCCUACAAAAGAGACUUUGAAGCCAAGCUGAGGAACUUCUACAGGAAGUUGGAGACUAAAGGAUAUGGACAAGGCCCAGGGAAAUUGAAAUUAAUCAUCAGGAGAGAUCACUUGUUAGAAGAUGCCUUUAACCAGAUCAUGGGCUACUCAAGAAAAGACCUGCAGAGAAAUAAACUCUAUGUCACGUUCGUUGGGGAAGAAGGGUUGGACUACAGUGGACCAUCAAGAGAGUUUUUUUUCCUGGUGUCCAGGGAGCUCUUCAAUCCAUAUUAUGGUCUGUUUGAAUAUUCAGCCAAUGAUACCUACACAGUACAAAUAAGUCCCAUGUCUGCUUUUGUGGACAAUCACCAUGAGUGGUUCAGGUUUAGUGGUCGAAUUCUUGGUCUUGCUCUGAUCCAUCAGUAUUUGCUGGAUGCCUUUUUUACAAGACCCUUUUAUAAAGCCCUCCUCCGAAUACUCUGUGACCUGAGUGACCUGGAAUAUUUGGAUGAAGAGUUUCACCAGAGUUUGCAGUGGAUGAAAGACAAUGACAUACACGAUAUCCUAGAUCUCACCUUUACUGUAAAUGAAGAAGUUUUUGGGCAGAUCACAGAACGGGAACUAAAACCAGGAGGUGCCAAUAUCCCAGUCACUGAAAAGAACAAGAAAGAAUACAUAGAGAGAAUGGUGAAAUGGAGAAUUGAGAGAGGAGUUGUACAACAAACAGAAAGUCUAGUUCGUGGUUUCUAUGAGGUGGUUGAUGCAAGACUGGUGUCUGUAUUUGAUGCCAGAGAACUGGAACUGGUUAUAGCUGGAACAGCAGAAAUUGACUUGAGUGAUUGGAGAAACAAUACCGAGUACAGAGGAGGCUAUCAUGACAAUCACAUUGUAAUUCGGUGGUUCUGGGCUGCUGUGGAAAGGUUCAACAAUGAACAACGUCUAAGACUUUUACAGUUUGUCACAGGCACGUCCAGCAUUCCCUACGAAGGCUUUGCCUCUCUCCGCGGCAGCAACGGGCCCAGGCGCUUCUGCGUGGAGAAGUGGGGGAAGAUCACUGCUCUUCCAAGGGCUCACACUUGUUUCAAUCGUCUGGACCUUCCCCCUUACCCAUCAUUCUCUAUGUUAUAUGAAAAACUGUUGACAGCAGUAGAAGAGACAAGUACUUUUGGACUUGAGUGAUACACAAACCACAGUGCCCAGCUCAUUGGACUUUUGUGGAUCUGUCUUCUCAAGGAAUGAAUGAACUUUUGUAUUGGAUUUCCUAGAGGAAAAUUGUUUCAUGGUGCAAUUCAAAUAAUGAGGUUCCACGAAGGAGCUUGUGAAGCAAUUAAAAAGCAUUGUGGUAGUGGCAGAAUUAUCAACAGUGAAACUAGAGUGUGCCUGGUGUGCAGGGAAAGCCAAGUCUUGCAAUCCAUGGGUUUUUGGGAUGGCUACACUUCUUAAGUUUAUGUUCUGAGCAAACCAGAAACGUGAUGCCAUGUUGUGAUCCAUCUGGCUACUGCAAAACUCACAUGUACCCGAGGACUGGAUUUCAUCAAAGUUGUUGAAUAGAAUAUUCAAGUCAAAAUGUGAAAUCAUUCAGUCCCUUACCUACCCAGUAAAUUAUAAAAAAAGCAUACAGCUGAACUUUUAUAAAUUCCUUUUUUUUUUUUUUAAUUCAUGAAGGUACAUUACUUUAUGCCAUAUGUUAUAACAGCAUAUCCAACACUUGCUUUACCUAAGACUACGAGUGCCUGCAUGGGGAACACCAUAGAGCUCAAGUUCCUGAGGCAGAAGUGGGUUGGAAGGAAAAUCACCAACAAAGGAUGUAACAACGGCUUGUGCAUUGAGGAGGUUUGUGGAAAUGGGUUUGCCAGUGGUGUGUAUGACAAAAUAUGAGCUGUUACAAUGAACUUAAUAACUUAAUAAGACUGAUUUUGUGCUUUAUACUGCAUGGAAACUAUUUUAAGAAGAAACUAGCAAUUUAUCACAGCAUAUCAGGAAAAAAACCCUAACACAGUGACUUCUGUUUAUUUUUAUAGGUUCGUUAUAUUAUGUUUCUUAGAGUGUAAACAGGAAACAAGCAAACAAAAGUGUUAUUUCUGUUUUGUCACUUUCCAUGCUUGAACAGACAUUCUGCUAGUGUUUAUUCUUUAAGCACUCUCCAGGGAAAAAAAUGCCUUUUAUUUUUAUAAGAGUAAAAAAACUCCCGAAAAUAUUUUGCACUGAAUGUACCAAAGUUGAAGGGACAUUAUGAUCUGACUGAUAGCAAAUUGUAUCACUAUCAAAUAUCUAUAAAAAUGCUUAGGAACCAGGCUUUCUUCACAGUGCCAUGUCUAUAGAUAUCAGGACUGUGCACAUAAGUAAUAAUUUUAUAAUACUACAUGUGAUAUUGUAAUAUGCAUUUAUUUUAAAUGCAUCUGGGUCAUUUUUCAUGCAUUGGAUAACUUAAUGCAGUGGAAUUUAAUACAGAUAUUUCAUAUGCUCCCCACAACUUUUUAUUUGUACAGCACUGUAAAACACUAGCUCAUUUGGAAAACCACGAAUAACUUCUUUAAGGUGAGCCACUGGUCAUAAUGCCACUGUCCUGUAUCAGUGAACACCUACAAGAUGUAACCUGUUCGUAGUAUCCAAGCUUGCAUUUUCACUGGUAAAUAGUUUUCUUAUCCAAUGUUAUUUGAAGCAGUUUCUAUGGCAUAUCAAACACUGCAUGGACAUCGAUUUCUUUAUGCUUAGUUUUGCUGAAAUACACGAGGCUUGCUGGCUUCUAUUUUUGGUACUUUUCCUCCAGAUGGUCUUGUGGAACACUUGUGCAGCUGUGCCCCAUUGCUCGCGCAGCUGCCGUCACGCGCCGCGUCCACCGCAUUUUGGAAUGGCAGGAGUUGUGCUCUGUUACUGGAUGGCAAGAACGCAAAUCCAGCUCUGUGCUAGCCCUUUUGGUAGUGCUGCAGCACAGCAAGCCCUGUUCUGUGGGAAAAGUAGCUUUUGGAGUAACCUUCUGGCUUUGGAGGCUCUUGAAGGGGCAUCUGAGGGAGGUGUCCUGCUUGUUCUGGUGGGAGGUUUGUUCCAGCAGAGAUGGAAGAUGUCGUCAGCAGAGACUGCCAGUCCCCCUCCGAGGCAGAAGGCAGCUGCAGCUGUGGUGGUGACUGAGAAAACCCUCCAGACUCACUGAGGAAAUGCCACAUGUGCAAAGGAAAAGCAAAAUCAGGGCGAGAGCAUUCUUUUCUUUCAAGAAUAAUUGAGCUUCUGCAUGACAUCUGGGACUCUCUUAAGUAACUUAGGUUUUCUUAGGCUACUUCUGGCUGGUAUGAAGUAGCAAAGAAAAAUCCAAACACAUCGCCCUCUUUCUACGUGUAUGUUUAUCAGUCUGCUAAGAUUGCAUGUCACGGGUCCUAAUGCACAUCUCUCUUCAGAACAUGAAUGAGCAGUAGGCAAACUGACUUUUCAGCAGGUCACUCCAGCAUGGCUCAUGUUUCAUGGGAUCCAGUCACUGAGUAGCUAAAAUUCUGGCACUCGGAGCAGAAUGCAACUUCUGAUUGGUUGAAGGACUACAGAAUUUUCAUUUUACAAUACUGUGUUAUCUGUGGUCUUUAAAAAAGAGAUUUCCCAGGUGGAAACUGUAUCUACAAGUUUUGAACCAGAUACUCUUUGGAAUGAAAAGUUUAAAUAUUUGGCACAAAGUAAGUUUAUACUAGUUUGCCUUUUAAGUUAUGCUUUUGUACAAAACUAAAACAAUAAAUGCAUCUUGUCAAUUUUUAUUUAAAUAUAUCUACUGCACCCAUUUGUUCUGUAUUUAUGCAUGUAAAAAUAAUUGAAAUCAGCCAUGAUAAUCCAGUAUUCUGUGAAGAUGUGACAGGGUCAUGAGUGUGGGGCAGCUGUCAGUUAGAAAAUAGAUAAAUAUUAAAAAAAAUCCAGAAUUUUUGUAGCACUAAAGCCAAGAGAGACUAAGGAGAAGUUGCUGCUUCCUCCUGUGCUGCCAACAUCCCCUGGGGGACUCCAGAAAAGUGCUGUGGGAAGGCUGAGGUGUCAGCUGGGUAUAGCUCCCCGUGCUGCCUGGAGCACUUGGCUUUUUGUGACCUGUAAGGGAUGCUGCUGCUCUAAGGGAUUAGCAAGGAGGGAGCAGAGGAGAGGAAGCCUGAGCUUAGUCAGAUACCCACAUCUCCUGGCAACUGCUUGGAAUGUUCUCCCUUUGGAGAAGCCAUUCCCAUUAAAUGUGUCCCAAGGGAAAGCCAGCUUUCAUGUCCUGCAGCUUGGCUGCAGCAGGCAACCACAGUGCCAUUGCUUGUGACACCGUGUAGCAGGGAUGAGGGUCCACACAGAGCAAGGCUGGGGAGCCUUUCCACAGCUCUGUAUCUCCUCAGAGCUUUUCCAGAUGGUGCUAAGGAGCUUUGCAUUUAGGAAGGAAAAAAGUUGACAGAAGAAUCCCUUCAGCCAGUGACAACUCAUAUUAACUUAACCUGCAGCAUCUUCAUCACAGAGGCUGGCAGGGGACAUCCCUGCAGGAAUGAGUCAGGUGCCCAUGUUUCCUGCCCUGCUGGGAAGUGGAGCCACACAUCAGCAGUCAGAAAGCAGCUCCCAGGUCACUCAGCCUGGGCAGGCUGGCAGCAGAGUGGCCUCUGUGCCCCACAUGCCAGGGCAGGACCCCUCUGCCCAGGUCCCAGCAUCCCAGCCCAGCAGUGGUGUGCUUUGCUCACCUGGCACUGCUGGCAGUGAGGUUACAGCCAGAACACUCCUCAAUACACCCCAACAACUUGGAAUCAAUGAAGUUGUGCAGUGUGGCACCUGCUGUAGCAGUCACCAUUGAGAGGCUGUGAGCCAGCAGCAGUGAGGGGAGUGGUGCCUUUGCCCACAGCAGCAGGGCACAGCCAUCUGCCACCUCUGUCUAACUGCCAGCAGUGCCUGGCAAGGUGGGACAGGAAAGCCUUUCAAUCCAGACCUUCUUUCCCACCCACUCCCUGCCUGCUGUUUUUCCUUGGUAUUCAUCAAAUAUUUGCCUCCUUUUUCUUUUAAACAUCAUUUUCAUUCUCCCGUACUGACCUUACCAUAAAAAAUGCUACCAUGGCUUAGAGUGUAGUGGUGCCCGUGAGCCAGGCAAGGCUGCUCACAGGCACCACAUGAGCUCCACAUGGCAGCAGCCAGCCCCGGGGCACGGCGGGCGGGGAGGAGCUCUAAUCUUCGGGGAAUCGAAAAUCUAGGCAGCAGUGCCCUGGCAGGACAUCACACAGAGCUUCUGCUAGGAGCUGGACUGGCACAGCACCGGACUGGGAGUUUGCUCAGUUUAAAAUUAUAGGAAAGAGAAGAGGUUUGUGGUUUCUUAUGUAUUUUUAAUCCUUAAAGAAAAAGUUAAAAAAAAAAAUUCCUUCUGAAGCAUUUGCAAUGGUAUCAUCUGGUUGUUAAAUGUAAUCUCAGCAGUAUUAAUUGCAGAUGUUUACUGAGUUUCUGCAGUGGUAGCUGCAGAGUUUUAUGGAGCUGCUUGAAGCAGGCUGUCUCUGGACUGAGGGAAUCCCUGUUCACAUCAGGGAAAAUUCAGCAGCUGUGUUUGAAUGGCCAGUGCAAGUUCACUUCCCAUAGCAUAAAGCAAGUUACUUCUUUUCAGUGAAUGAAACUACCUGCAUUAAAUUAUACUAAUAGUAUUGUUUUCCUGCCACUUUUUUUAUGUGGAGGGUUAAUAUAUUCCUCUUAGCACUAAUGGGAAUUGAGCAGAAGGUUGAUCUCCAGUCAUAAGACUGCAGAUGUAGAUUUCAUCUGCUGUUGCUUCCCCUUCUCAUCCUUUUCUCUCUGGGCAAGCAAUUGAACUCCAAGCAAAAUUUCAGAAGAAUUGCUCAAAGCUGGCUUCUUAAACUGUUUGUGUUUUGGCUCAAUUAUGUGCUAUAAAACAGAACUGCAGAAAUGCUAUGGGUUGACUGGUUCAUCAGUUUAAGUAAAAAAUUCUCUACGACUUUAUUAGUGCAAUGACAGUGGCUGCUGUUGGACUAGUUUAACCUUUUGCUAAAUGUUUUACAGCAAAAAAUUGUUGGAGGUUGAAUUUGAAAUUACUUAUUUGCUGGAAAACUAAAUAUAUGUUAGGUAAAUAGCAGAGGAAAAGAAUAAUUUUACUGUAAAGGCAGCAUAACCCACUGCAGUUAGCAAUAUGCAGAAUUGCAAUGCUAACCCUCCAAACAGAAUUUUCACAAUGAAAGAUGGUUUAUAUUUUGCAUGUCUUCCAAAUAGACCAUGAACUUCAUAGUGCUUCUAUUCAGAUUUAGACUGACUAAUUUUGGCAUUAGGCUACUACUAUUUGGGAUGUUUAUUGCUAUGAAAUGUUUUUUACUUAAACAUUUGUAGUAUUUUUACUAAGUAUUUUCCUUUAGGACUUUACUUCAUAGGUUUUGCUCAGAGCCAUAUUAUGCUGUAGGUAUUUUAAGGUAAAAUCAUGAUUAUUUGAUAAUUCUGUUUUGUAUGACUGACCUUCUGGCCACUGUUUAGAAAGGUUCCUCCUGAUUUUUGGUAAAAGGAUGACAGUCAAGGACUCCUGGAAUGGUUACAAUCCAUUGAAGUGUCUGUAUGUAUUCUAAAUGCAUUUAAAAAUACCUCCUGAGGACUGUGUGAAAUAGUUGCCACACUCAUGGAUUAGCCCCUUUCUAAGUCAGUAUUUCAAAAUUUGAACUUGAUUUCUUUCAGAUUACAUUGCAGAUUAAUGAUACUAAAAUUUUAACUAGAGAUGUAUUCUGACAAAUUUCUCCAAGCUCUGAUGGGUGUGAAAGGGAGCCGAGCUCUGCUGCUCUCAAUCCUUUCACCCCUUUAAAAACUUCUGAAUAAUGAAACUUUUACUUUUGGGUUUCAGUUGUUUCUUGUUUUCAGAACUUUGAGAAGCUUCUCAUUCAGCCUGUGUUAGAAAAAGCCUUGCCUACUUUGAGGCUUUUGUUAAGCACUCAGGAGGUAUGUUGUUCAACUAAUUUAACAUCCUUUUGUGCUGACAUCAAUUAGCUUUUAAAUGUACAGACCUACAGAACUCCACAGGACUCUGGUCUCCCUUAUUUUGGGCUGCCUUCCAAAGCCAUCCAUCCUGUCCCUUUUGAUUGCACAUAAUCCUACAAUCACCCAGAGACAAUUGCUGACCACCUACACUGACUGGAGCUGUAGUAUCACAGUAAGACUCUGGGUUUGGGUUUGCUUUCAAAAGCAGCUCCCUCAGUCCAGAGUCGACAGGAUGACUGUUACUCUGACAUCAAGACUGAGCUGUUCAAUAAAAAUAGUCAUAAAAGUGCUUUUGAAAAUAGUUGAUUAGAUAUCCAAGGGUAAAAUGUCUUUCGGUUUUGGUUUUGCAAAAUUAAUGAGGCAGGGGAUUUUGCUUGCAAUGUUUUAUAUUGCCAGAAUUUGUGGGUCCCAUGGGCUGCCCCAGGCUGUUGGCCAGGUGGGUGCAGAGCCUUUGCAGUGAGGCAGGUGAUGCUGAUCCAGAAAUCACAGCAGCAGGAGAUCUGUUCCUGUAGUGAGGUCUGUGCCUUCCACAGCUGGAGGCUUCCUCAUGCAGCCCUUGAGCUGGAUUUGUCCCAAAAGCUGGUUGGAUCUGUGAUGCCUGCUACUUGCAAUACAAGCAGCUCGUGACACACUCCACUGACUAUCCAACAUCUUUCAUUUUAAACGAGGAUUGCAUUUCUCAUAGUUAGAAAUGCCCAUCCAGCAGGAUAAGGUCAAUAAAAGAGGAUUUUGCUGAGACAUCAUAUUUGGUUGCCAUGCUGACUGCAGUCAGUCGUUGGAGCUCACUAAUUUUAAAGUAGAUUACUGUAUGAAUAAGAAAAUAAAUCCCAGAAGCCUCAUAAAUAAUUCUAAG